AUGGGACAAUACGACUCAUCACUACGUGUUUGUUUGUUGUUUGACGUGCCCAGAACGGCGAGUCUCACAUGUGGUACCCAGAGAAGUGGAGAGGACCCCACAAAAGUGAGAGUUGUACGAGGCGGUGCCCGAAUUUCAGACUCCGCACACUGGAAACAACUUGCAGAACAGGAGCUAAAAAUAGCGCUUAACCGGAAGACGAACACCAAUAAGGCACAAAACGUCAUCCUGUUUGUAGGAGACGGGAUGGGCGGGACCACUGUGACUGGGACUAGGAUUCUCCGGGGCCAAACACAAGGUGCCACGGGGGAGGAGACAGUGCUUGAGUUUGAGAAAUUCCCGAAUGUUGGGUUUUCAAAGACAUACUCCCAGGAUAGGCAAACGACCGACUCUGCUGCGACAGCGACCGCCCUGUUGUGUGGAGAGAAGUCAAACUAUCGUUUGAUUGGCUUAAGCGACCUAGCUAGAGAUGGCCAGUGCGCAAGCCAACACGGAAACGAACUUCAGUGUGCUUUUGAAUGGUUUCGAGCAGACGGUCGAUCCGUAGGCAUGGUUUCCACCGCCAGAAUCACACACGCCACACCCGCAGCAGCUUACGCCAAGUCCGUGUCUCGUAACUGGGAGGUAGACGGUGAUAUGGUGGGCGUGACGGGAUGGUGUAAAGACAUCGCCUCUCAGCUGAUCUACAACAAUAGCUAUGUCAAGGUAAUGUUAGGAGGAGGACGACAGUUUUUUCUAGGAAGAAAUGAUUCCGACCCGGAGCUGAACGACAAGAACUUUGCUAAACAACGGCUAGACGGCGUCAACCUUAUCAAGGUUUGGCAGGAAGAAAAAAAGAGGAACAAUUUAAAAGCCGAGUACGUCUGGAAUAAGGGCGAUUUCGACGCCAUAGACCCCUCAAGCACGGAUUAUUUACUUGGUCUUUUUGAGGCGUCCCACAUGCAAUAUGAUUUAGACAGAGAUAAAAGCCAAAUCGGUGAACCAUCUCUGGCAGCAAUGACACAGAAAGCCAUCCGGGUACUCCAGAAGGAUAAAAAUGGUUUCUUUCUCUUAGUGGAAGGAGGUCGCAUAGACCAUGCUCACCACGAAAACAACGCCAAGCGUGCUCUGUAUGAUGGCCUGGCGUUUGAGGACGCUGUUAAAAUAGCAACUGAAAUGACUGACGAAAAAGACACACUCAUAAUCGUAACAGCUGACCACGCCCACGUCUUCAACAUUGCCGGGUACCCAGCUCGAGGAAACAACAUUUUUGGAGUAGUCGACAAUGACGAAGAUCUGAACGGUCCGUAUUUCACUACCCUUUCGUAUGGAAAUGGUCCAGGAUACGGCACAGGGAAUAGGACCGAUGUGAAGGCUACGGACACUACUGAUAAAGAUUACUUACAAGCGGCUGCUGCUCCACGUUUCGAAGACUCACACGGAGGACAGGACGUGGGGAUAUAUGCACGUGGGCCAAUGGCGCACCUUAUACACGGUGUUCACGAGCAGCAUUAUAUAGCGCACGUGAUGACGUAUGCCGCUUGUGUUGCUGACAAUAAACAACGCUGUGAUGCCAUUGAGGCUAAUGGAGUGAGCAGAAGCAAGAUGGCCGAGGUCGUUGUUUUGUUGACCUGUGUAGCAAGUCACCUGCUGUAUUUCUAUUAAAUGUCAAUUUCAAUAUAUCCUUAGAUAAUUUCUUCAACAUUUACCUUAGAUUCACAAAGAUCAUGAAUAAAAUUUUCGAUGAUAAGAUAAGACAGGUUUGAAACAAAAUAUCAAAAACCAAAUUAAAAUAAAGAAUAUACUCAGUA